UCCCCUCCCCUCCCCUCCCCGCCUAGUGCACCCUGCGGGUGCCCCGCUCGCAGCCCUCCAUGGCGGGGCCGGCGGCCGUCCGGCGGCGGGGUCCCGGCUGCGGGGCCCUGCUGCUGCUGCCGGCGCUGCUGGUGAGCUGGGCGGCGUGCCAGGCGCCGCCGGUGCCCGCCGCCGAGCCCCCCUGGGACGGCGCCGAUGUCCGCCUCGAGCGGCGCUUUGUGCCCCAGAGCUGCCCGCGGGCCGUGCGGCCCGGAGACUUCGUGCGCUACCACUACCUCGGCUCCUUCCCCGACGGCACCCGUUUCGACUCCAGCUAUGACAGGGGAUCCACGUUCAACGUGUUUGUGGGAAAAGGUCAACUUAUUGCUGGGAUGGACAAAGCUCUGGUUGGCAUGUGCGUGAAUGAGCGGCGGUUCGUGAAAAUUCCCCCAAAGCUUGCCUACAGCAGUGAAGGCGUCCCUGGUGUGAUACCCCCCAAUGCUGUCCUCCAUUUCGAUGUGCUUCUGAUCGAUCUCUGGAACUUGGAGGACGAAGUGCAGGUUCAGACUUACUUCAAACCUGAGAAGUGUCCUCGGACAGUUCAGGUGUCUGACUUUGUACGAUACCAUUACAAUGGAACGUUCUUAGAUGGGACCCUGUUUGAUUCAAGCCAUAAUCGGAUGCGAACUUAUGAUACCUAUGUGGGAAUUGGAUGGCUGAUUCCUGGUAUGGACCAGGGUCUCUUGGGAAUGUGCAUAGGAGAGAAGCGCAUUAUCACAAUACCACCUUUCCUGGCAUAUGGAGAAGAAGGAGAUGGCAAGGACAUCCCUGGCCAAGCUUCCCUUGUCUUUGAUGUGGUUUUGCUAGAUCUCCAUAACCCCAAAGAUGGUAUUGCUAUUGAGAACCAGCAUGUGCCUGAAUCUUGUGAGCGGAGAAGCCAGACAGGAGACUUUCUCCGAUACCAUUACAAUGGCACACUUUUGGAUGGCACAUUGUUUGAUUCCAGCUAUUCACGAAAUCGUACAUAUGACACCUAUGUUGGGAAAGGUUAUGUGAUUGCUGGAAUGGAUGAAGGUUUGCUAGGUGUGUGCACUGGUGAAAAAAGAAGAAUAAUAAUCCCCCCUCAUCUUGGGUAUGGAGAAGAAGGAAGAGGAAAGAUUCCAGGAUCUGCAGUGCUUGUCUUUGACAUCCACGUGGUUGACUUCCACAACCCCUCAGAUUCGGUCGGCAUUACUGUUAACUACAAACCUUCCAACUGCACUGUACUGAGUAAGAAGGGAGAUUACUUGAAGUAUCACUACAAUGCUUCGCUCCAGGAUGGUACUUUGCUGGACUCGACACACAGCCUUGGCAAGACCUACAACAUAGUUCUGGGAUCUGGACAGGUGGUGGUGGGGAUGGACAUGGGCCUUCAAGACAUGUGUGUUGGGGAACGACGAACAGUUGUUAUUCCACCACAUCUUGGUUAUGGAGAAGAUGGAGUUGAAGGAGAAGUGCCUGGUAGUGCUGUAUUAGUUUUCGACAUCGAACUGCUAGAGCUGGUGUCUGGCUUGCCUGAAGGGUACAUGUUUGUAUGGAAUGGGGAAGUCUCUCCCAAUCUUUUUGAAGAAAUAGACCAGAAUCAUGAUGGAGAGGUUCUUCUGGAGGAGUUUUCAGAGUACAUUCAAGCUCAAGUCGAUUCUGGCAAAGGAAAACUAGCUCCUGGUUUUGAUUUUGAAAAGAUUGUUAAAAAUAUGUUCACCAAUCAAGACCGGGAUGGAAAUGGUAAAGUUACCGCUGAAGAAUUCAAGUUGAAAGACCAGGAGGCCAAAGAGGAACACGAUGAACUGUAAAGAUAAGAGAGUUCCGAGCUGACCUGCUGACAGGGCUUUCGGCAAGCAUGUUUCUGAAAGGUUAGCACUCGGAUAGAUAGCCUGUGCCUGCCUGUGCCUGCCUGUGCCUAUGUGCUGGUAGGCUGUUAAAAUAGGAAGAGAUUUUCAGUUGGAAUUGUUAGGUAUAUUUGAAAAAAGUGUGAAGUGCCUCAAGAUAGAACAUAUAAACGGAUAAAGAGUGUACUGCCAUACACGGUAUCAUGAACCACGUGGUCUGUUUUUAUGCUAAAGAUUAGAAGUUCUCAUUGAACAAUACACAGUCACUUGGAUGGAUGGAUGGCAGGGAGAAAACUUACUGAGUGCUUUUAAAAGAGUUUUAAAAAACCUUCUGUAUCCGAAAUACUCAUGCAGGAGAACAAACCAGAAAAUAUUCCCCAUGAAAAUAACCUGUAAAAAUUGUCAGCCCUUGAGCCCAGCUCCUUUCAGAAGGCACGAGCACUCUUUCCAGUAAUGGAACAAACUCAUACAAGUAUUUGCCAGCAGGAACUCCGAUUUGCAAAUUGCAGAACAUGCAGAUGAUAGCAAUGCCAUUGCAGAAUUUCCAUAAGCUGUGAAUUAAAUUAAACAGGCCUAGAAUUGUAACUCUGUGUGUGUUGGGUUUUUUCCUUAUGAAAUAAAAGUUUGCUACCAUCUGUAUUGUAUUUAAUUAAUAAACUCGACUCUUGCUGGCCUGUUGAAACACUGUUCCCAUCAGUGAUUCCCAAACCUUUCUAGUUGCAAUCUUAUAGUUUCGUUAGACUUUAAACAUUAGCAUUAUGGGGUCCAAAUACUGUCAUAAAUGCUGGAUACAGUUGAUUUUGUGUUGGACUUCUGUCUUCUGUUUUGGGAAUUGUUAGACUAAGGAGUAAGUACUUAAAGCUUAUGCAGCAGAGCAGUCUGACGUGGCCAACAAACAAAAAGACAGUGAUAGAAUCAAGAAACAGACCCAUCUGUUUGUGUCUGCAAACAUUCUGGCCUAUCCCUCAAUACAAAAUCAGGCCUGGGAGUGCUGUUUAGAUUAUGUGAACUCUUCAGACAAUCAGCCAUUAGAUCUAUAAAUGUAGCAAGCUGUUUAAUAUAAAAUACACUAAACAGACAUGUUUUUCUGGAAGGCUGUAUGAUCCCCCCUCAGUGUAUUACAUGUAAAGAGCACAAAUAUGUAUAGUGUGACACUAUCAAAGACAAGUAGAAAGGGAGUUUUGUUUCCAUUAUCUGCUUUGUGUCUAGUUUCUUGCUUUUCCUGAUCUAUACAUGUGGAUUCUAAGCUCCCUGAGAUGCUCUUUUUAAAAACUGGUAUUUCAAUCGGAUGAAAACCUUCUGUAUUGGUUUUUAAUGCAGUUGUUAUAGAAAGUGCAGUGAAAUAUUUUUUUUCUAGUUUGAUACCAUUAAAUAUUGGAUAACUGAUCUUUUUGUUAAAUAAAACGUUGAUCAACUA